UGCUUGAAAAUUUGCUAUCUCUUUGUUCUUUCUGACCCCCACAGAUAAAAUGACAAACCGAUCCCAUGACCCUAUACAAGUUUGUCUCCUAUUAAUUCACAAACAUAUAAUAGUGCUUAGAAAAUUGAUAUUUGAACAAAAAUGGAUUCUUAUUCUCCCUCUACGCAUAUCCAACAAAAGCCUCAUGCUGUAUUUGUACCAUUUCCAGUACAAGGUCAUGUGAACCCUUUCAUGCAACUAGCCAAACUCUUUCGUUGCAAAGGUUUUCACAUAACCUUUGUGAACACUGAAUUCAACCACAAACGUUUGAUAAAAUCUCUUGGAGCUGAGUUUGUGAAGGGUCUACCAGAUUUUCAAUUUGAGACCAUACCUGAUGGUUUACCAGAAUCAGAUAAAGAUGCAACACAAGAUAUUAUACCGUUGUGUGAAGCAAGUAAAAAUAACUUUUAUGCUCCUUUGAAAGAGCUUGUCAAAAAUUUGAACUCUUCAACACACCAUUUUCCAGUUACUUGCAUAAUUGCCGAUGGAAUUUCGAGCUUUGCUGGAAGAGUAGCAAAAGAUUUGGGGAUUCAAGAGCUAGUGUUUUGGACUGCUUCGGCUUCUGGCUUGUUGGGAUAUUUACAAUACGAUGAGCUUGUUAACAGGGGAAUUAUUCCCUUCAAAGAUGAAACUUUUAUCGAUGAUGGCACCUUGGAUACAAGUUUAGAUUGGAUAUCAGGAAUGAAAGAUAUCAGAAUAAAAGAUCUUCCAAGCUUCGUCAGAGUCACCGAUCUAAGUGACAUUUUGUUUAAUUUUGUGGUCUCCGAGACACAAAAUUGUUUGAGAUCAUCGACAAUAAUCAUUAACACGUUCGAAGAAUUGGAAGGUGAAACCCUUGACACCCUUAGGGCCAACAAUCCAAACAUAUAUAGCAUUGGCCCGAUUCACAUGCUUGGUAGACAUUUUCCUGAGAAAGAAAAUGGUUUUAAAGCAAGUGGUUCGAGUUUAUGGAAAUCUGACCCGGAAUGUAUAAAAUGGUUGAGUAAAUGGGAACCUUGCUCAGUACUAUAUAUUAAUUAUGGAAGUAUAACUGUUAUGACAAAUCAUCACUUGAAAGAAUUUGCUUGGGGAAUAGCAAAUAGUAAAUUACCUUUUUUAUGGAUAUUGAGACCAGAUGUAGCAAUGGGUGAAGAGACUUCAACUUUGCCACAAGAGUUUCUAGAUGAAGUUAAGGAUAAAGGAUACAUAACUAGUUGGUGCUCCCAAGACGAAGUGCUUGCUCAUCCAUCAGUUGGGGGAUUCUUGACUCAUUGUGGUUGGAAUUCUACACUUGAAACUAUUUCUUAUGGUGUGCCUACUAUUUGUUGGCCUUUCUUUGCUGAACAACAAACAAAUUGUAGGUAUUUAUGCAAGUCUUGGAAAAUAGGGAUGGAAAUUAACCAUGAUGUUAAAAGGGAUGAUAUAACUGAAAUUGUAAUGGAAAUGAUGAAACGAGAAAAGGGAAAAGAAAUGAGACACAAGUGCUUGGAAUGGAAGAAGAAAGCUGCAUACACUACUGAUUUGGGAGGAUAUUCAUACAAUAAUUUUCAUAAGUUGAUUAGAGAUGUUCUUCAUCAAAAUGCUAUUUGAGUUCCAAAUAUUAGUCUAAUAUGAAUUAUAUUUUGGUUUAGUUGUAAUACUUAUAUUCUAUUACCUAUCUACUUUGACCAAACAGUUGAACUCAAAUAGUUAAUAAGCUUCACCAAAUGACAAAUCGUUUGGGAGAACCAGAAUUCAAUUCUUGGAUGGAACAAUUGUUGGUAAAACUAUACUUAUCUCACAACCAAACUCUAGAUUAUCAGAGGAAAGAGCUAAGAGAACUUGUGAUGGAAAUGAUGGAAGGAGAAAAGGAAGAAGAAUUGAGACAAAGUGCUUGGAGUGGAAGAAGAAAGCUAGAACUAAUUUGAGGGAUCAUCAUACAAUAAUUUCCAGAAGUUUAUCAAAGAGGUUAUUGAUAAUAAAGCUAUUUGAAUUCCAAAUACAAGUUUAGUAUGGUCUAUGUAUUUUGUUGAGAUGCAACAUUUCUGUUCUAUUACUUUUAGCUAAACUAUUUCCACUUCAUAUUUAUGGUUUUAU